ACUUGGUGGAGUUUGUCCAGAGACUCAGCUCAUAUAAGAGAAUAAACAACCAAAUAACAGCGACAUGGAAAAGGUGAUUCAGCCCAACACAAGCUGUCACAUGUGAGUUUUAAAGGAGGGGACAUGUGAGGGAGCCCUGGGAGGAGUUUAAAGUUACUCACUCCAGCUGCACUCCACCUCACUGAUCCGGCUGCAGACGCAGGAGAGUCUGACAGCAUGAAAACACACUUUCUCCUCAUCCUGAUGUGACACAUCUGCAUCUUAUUCUAUCCCACACAUGUUCCGACCAUGAAAGCAGCUGCAGCAGCUCAGGCAAAGGAGCUCGCAGCGACUUUGUGCAACUUUUCCUGGAGUUUGGAGGAGCUGAGAUGAGGAACGGAGCCUGAAGAUUUUCCACACUGAGCAAGCGAGAGUGGAGACCUCCAGGUGGUCGCCAUGUCCCUGUGGAUGAUCCUUCCUGUCAGCCUGCCUGUCUUCACCAUCACAGGAAUAUGGGUCGUAUACGCGAUGGCCCUGUACAAUCAGCACGUCUGCCCCGUGAAUAACUGGCUUUAUAACGCAUCGUGUGAGGAGCAGCUUCCAUUACAGAGGGGUCCUGUUCUGUGCUGCACCCUGGACAACAUACCACUCAUCAGUAAAUGUGGAACGCUCCCACCUGAAAGCUGCUUCUUUAGCCUCAUAUGCAGCACCGGAUCCUUCAUGGUGAUGCUGAUCGGCCUGCUGCGUUACGCUCAUGUGAUAGAGAAGCACCAGAACUGCAUCCUCAACACGGCCGGCCUCUCCACCGCGUGGAUCUGUGCCGCCGGUCUCAUCAUGGUGGGAAACUUCCAGGUAAUCGCACUCCGAUCAGACUCAUUGAUCAGGGCCAGAAUUGGUUUAGGUAGCUAUAUGUUUACACAGAGACGCAGUUACAGUACGUGGGUGUUUAGAUUUGCAAGUCCGCAGCUACGCCGCAGCCGGAUGGGCGUUCCCCUCCAGCAUCGCUUUUGUGUCUGCAAGUCCGCUUCGACCUACAGACUGCCAAGGACCCAAGGAGGAGUUUACCCGAAUAGGUCACUGGUACGGUGUGGGGGAUGGCGCUGCUGGGCCCUGAUGGACUCGGGCCCUUUCGAGAUCCUCUCCAGCGAAUGGAGAGGAGGGUCUGGUUGUCUUAAGGGUUUCCUGAAAGAUGCAGUUUCAAGCAUCGUGUCAGAGGUUAUUGUGUCGUGCAUUUUUAUUGCACUAUUACUUAGCCCGAAGCGGCCCCCUUAUGGGCGGCCCUGUCUGGCUCCUGCUCCGCAACCAUUGUUCUCCUUAACCUCUGAUCCCCCAGGUGGAGUUUUCUUUUGCCAGGAGAGCUUCGCCCUGCAGCACGCCUCCGCCAUCUUCGAGUGGAUCUACUGCAUGCUCAUCAUGCUCUUCUACGGGACUUUCGCCUUCGAGUUCUCGGGCAUGUCGGGGGACACCCUGAUGGUCCUGUCUAGAGGAGGCGGAGUGCAGAGCUUCUCCACCUCUGAGCACAAGACAGAGGUGGGCGGCGUCUCCAACCACCACCAGACAGAAAGCUUCUCCAUGCUGUAACCAAACUGCAGCCCUGCAGAGGUUGAAGGGUCCAAAGGAGGUCAAAGGAAAGCCUGGAAGCUGCAUCCUGCGUAUCUUCACGCUCCACUUUUAUUGCACAGCCAAGGUGCCGAAGCUGUUCCUCUCAGCAGUGACCAAAGACAGACUUUUAUCCUGCUUUGCAAGAGUUCAGGCUACACUACAAAACAUUGCACAAUAUUGUUUAAGUGCCUUCUCUGAACACAACGUCCAGCACACACGCAGUCCUCGCUGUUUGUUUUAUUUCUCUUAAUGAAACAAUCACUCUCUGAAUUCUUGCCCCGUUAUCAGAUUGGACGUCCUGAAAGCGCCUCAGAUGUUUGGAUGGUUUAGACGUUCAGACACCGAGCUCUGAAUUGUUUCGUACUCAGGAAGUUUCGUUACAUAAUCGUCUUUUUCGCUCUUUACCUCGCUUGUAAAAAAAUAAAGGUGAAGUUUUCCAAAAAAAACAAUAGAUGGAAAGUUACUGCGUGCCAAGAAUAAUUUGUUUCUUUGAAUGUGGUUCAGUUGUUCUUAAAACAUUUGUGUUCUUGUGUUGGACACUUUUAGUUCUUCUAAGUUUACCUUGUAAUUAAAAAAAAGUUAAAAUAUCCACAGAAACAUCUUUAUAGCAAUAUGUCAGCAGCUGCGUCAUAUCGCCCAAAUAAGCUCUGUUCUAUAUUUUGUUUUAUCUCAUGUCAGUUCUUGAGUAUGGAAGAACCUUCACGCCAGUACAAUAAAUAAAUAAGCUUAAAAAACGUAGCUUUGAUAAUACAAAUAUCCUCAUGAUAAGCUAUUAUUAUGACCUUUUAUCUUAUAAUGUCAGGUUUUAUUUAAUAAUUAAAACUUUUUAUUCCAUAGUUGUGACUUUUAUAUCUUAAUGUCGACUUUUUUAUCUUAAAAUUCAACUUUUCACUUCAUAAUUGACUUUUUAUUAAAUAAUUAUGACUUUUUAGCUCAUAUUUAUGACUUAAUUUCACUUUUUAUCUCACAAUUUUGACUUUUAAUCUCUUUAUUACUUUUUAUUACAUAAUUAUGACUUUUUUCUCAUAAUGUUGAGUUUUAAUUGCAGAAUUCUGAAUUUUUAUCUCACAGUCUUGACUUGUCAUCUCUUAAUUAUGACUUUUUUAUCUCAUAAUUUAUUUUUAUUUCAGGUAUUUUGACUUUCUAUGUCAUAUUUUGAUUUAAAAUGAAAAAUGUUUUAUUAUCGAAGCUAAGUUUUCAUCUUAUUUUUUUAUUUUACUGGCAGCAGUGUGUUUCCGUACUUGUGUCAUUGCUUUCAGUAACAAUGACAUUCUUAUAGUUUUAAUGGGACCAAACUGUUUGUAAGGAUGUUUUCAUGCUGUAUUUGAUCAUUUACAGAAAUACUUUUCCAAGAAAGUUUAAUAAAGUAUGCAGAGAACAAAAGAAAUAAA